UUUCCCUCAGUAUCACACAGGCACCAGCGACAAGUGCAUGACUGACAAGACGCAACAAUAAUAAGCAGUGGCAGUGAUUCUAAUCUGUUUUUAAAUUAACUGGAUGGAUUACCCAACCUGUGCACUGUAAUAACUUCUCUCUCUGUGAUCAACCGGACAAUGAGAUAAUCGAAACAAUACUUACUCUCUCAAUGGAUACACAGGUACAGAUGGAAAAGACACGCGGAGAGUUUCAGGAGGAGAAGACCAAAGAGCCGAUGGAGGAGAUCACGGAGGAGCAGUUCCUCAAAGAUCUCUACCUCUUUAUGAAGAAGAGAGAUACACCGAUAGAGAGGAUCCCACAUCUGGGAUUCAAACAAAUUGAUUUGUUUGUGAUGUUCAAGACUGUCAGUGACUUUGGUGGCUACCAUCAGGUGACUGCUCAACAGCUCUGGAAACAAGUCUACAACACACUUGGAGGAAACCCUCGAAGUACAAGCGCUGCCACCUGCACCCGCAGACACUAUGAGAAACUUCUGUUGCCGUAUGAAUGCCAUGUGAAAGGCAUCUUAAUGAGCGCCCUGCUGCCUCAGCAGCCCAAGCCCUACCACCACUACACCAGCUACAGCAAGGACGACGAUGGCGGCCCAAGACCCGCCAAACGCAAACUGCUAUCACUACCGCUGCAGCAGAGCCCUCAUAACCUCCAGUUGGACCCACGUGGAAGUUUCUUCUCUCUGCCGCUCCAGUACACUCACUACUAUCACCCAAGCCACCCAGUUCUGCCCCCAUAUCUCCCUGUGGCCUCCACAGUGUUGCCUCCAGAGCGCUCCGCUGCCCUCAAUCCCCAGUUCCCCCUCCCGCCACCCCACCUGAACCUAACAGACAGGGUGAAGGAGCCACUGGAGCACUUGCGCUACUUGGCAGAGCAGUACAAAACUUCAUCAGGGUUGGCUGAGCCCCUAAACCUCAGCGUUAAAGCUUCAACCAGGGAGACUAACAGCAACCCCAUCUCCUCAUUCGCCCCACCUUCAUCCAGCAAGAGCCCAAAGUUUCUGAACAAACCCUCCACACUCUACAGCGUUAAUCAUGCAGGGGCGCUGAGAAGUGAAGAAUGUGAGGCACAAGAUGAUGAGUCCAGUGAAGCAGUUACAAGCUAUUCAUAUCCUGGGAAAGCAAGGGAGGAGACGCAUGUCAAAGACAUGACAGCGUCAAGCAGCCCCAUGCAUGCCUCUGCUCUGACAUUGGGAACAGACAAAGAGGCCACUGAACUGGCACAAAAACCCAGCUCUCCAGAAAUAGACUUUACCAUCAAGUCCAAAGACGAGGCACAGGCAAUUCCAGACGUACAGGCGCACAAUCUUGGUCAUAUCCUGCCCAGCCUCCCUCGAGACAAAGAUGGCAAAAUGGAGAUUGAGAUACCUCUGUCUGUGUUUCAUAAGUGGCUCAAGUUGUGCGGGACCUCGGCCUUGACACAUGAAGCUCAAGAGCCUCCACUUCGUACUCAGGAGGAACCUGCUGGACAAAGGAAUUGUUCUGACACAGACGUCAUCCCCACCAACUUGAUGCGACACACGAGUCCUCACCAUGAGUGUACAGCUGAAGAUCUCAGGCUGAGGAAUGUGCCGAGCCCUAUACCAACCACCCAGACAACCAGUAACUACCACUACACAGGCCAGAAUGGUUUAACCUGCAGCAAGCCUUUGCCACCAGGUGGCAUUCUGAAAAGUGCAGCCAGCCGGGAUGUUUUUCCUUUUGAUCAGGAUAUUCACAAGUCAUAUAACGCAAAAUUCCCAAAUUCCUGGCACGCCUAUGACAAAGACACUCAGGCUCCCCCCAUCCAAGCGAAAAGUGACUUGAAUCCUGUGAGAGUUCAGCAAGAGAUUGCCUCUAAAUUCUACAUGGAAGACGUCGCCCAGGCCAGGAAGCACAAGUCAGACAUGGCACCCUCGGCUCUGCUCAUGUUGAAUUCCAGCUCUGCUUCUCUGCUGCAGCUCACCACUGAAGAGAUCAUAAAGCUGAAGAAAAUCAUCUCAAGCUCAUCGUGAUCAGUCCACAUGAUUAUAUGAACACACCAACACCACCUUCAAGCUGACUCAUAUUAAGCUCUUUUAUAUACACUGUCUCACUGAAGCUCAUUAUAUUACCUGUGAUUCUGUUUAGUCGUCACACAACACAAGUGUCAGUUUACCAGAAGAAAAAGUCAUUUACUGAAUAAAUCCUUCACUUCAUGAAGCAAAGCUUGGUUUAAAGAGAAUGUACAUUGUUGAUCUUUUUAAGCUUUUUGUACAGAAACAUUGCUUGUAUAAUACAUUUAAUCUAAUUAACAUGUAAAUUUACAUAAAUUCAAAAAAAUAAAGUUAAAGUUUCAUGAGUAUUUGUA